CGUGCAUGCACUCUUUGGCUAAACUUGAACAGCCUUCAAACCAGUCGACGUGCUUAUUUGCCAUCACACCAAUGGAUAGAGCGCGCAAACGGCUCGAAAAAGAGCUCGACCACCUCCGCCAGAACUCACCUGAGGGAUGUUCAGCGCAACCAAUGGAUGGGAACCUCUUCGAGUGGAUAGGGACAAUUGAGGGUCCACAGGCAUCACCAUACGCGGGCAGGACAUUCAACUUUGUUAUUCGUUUUCCUCAGGACUAUCCUCUCCAGCCACCGACUGUGACUUCUGUUACCAAGACCUACCACCCCAUUAUUGAUAGUCGUAGCGGCUUCAUCGGCUUGAGUAUUCUCAGUCUUGACUGGUCCCCGGUAUUGACAGUAUCGCAAGUCCUGCUGAGUCUGUCCACAUUUUUGGCCAAUCCGGAUCCAGGAGACGCUGUCGUCCCUGAGAUAGCACAUGAAUAUCAGAUGGAAAGAUCCAUCUAUGAAAAAAACGGCGAUGCAAUGGACGGAAAAGUUUGCAAAGCACACACUAAAUCUAGAAGCAGAGUUAUCAUAGGAAUGAUGGGCGCAAGGACGGGUGCAACUGAACUAAGUAGUCAGGAUGGUGGCUCAUGUAUAAACCAUUGACUUUAGAUACUCUAGAACUAUUUCGAACCAAACC